AUGUCCAAGCGCCCAGGAGGAUUCAAUGCGCUGCUGGCCAAAAAGGCAAAGACAGAUCAACGGACUGCCGCAGACGGCUCACACGGCCACAAUCCCAACAGAAAUCGGUACUUGGCAACUCCAGUCCAGCCUCAGAAUGCUCUAUCUAAAUUCUUGAUGCAAGCCAGAGCGGCUGCUCGGCGCUUUUUGCCCAAGGAAACCAAGUACCCCGUCACAACUCCCUUUUGUGAAGUCGAAGCUAGAUUGGGAGUUCUUAAACUUCCUUUUGGAGCUGCCGAUCGUAGAGUGACCAGUUCUGGACCAAAGCAACACAAUGGACACGUUGUCGAAACAUUCCAUGUGCAUCAACAACCAAACCCUGUCAUGGAGUCAGGGCUGAGCCGAACGCAUUUCCAAACAUGGACCCAAGGAGGCUUGAGUGAAAUGGGCCCCAUUCCGCUGGCCUUUGGAGUGGACGACCCUCACAAAAUCAAGCAAGAGCUGCACGAACAUGAAUACGUCGAAACUGUCUACACUGGAUAUUCCAAUGACCAACGUAUUUGCUACGAUGGAAUGCAUCCUCCACCAGCCGGUGCUCCUCAAAAGCACGGAAAGGCAGAAUACAAGGACAAACUCGCAAACAUGGAUCUCACCAUCCCAGCAGCGUCAUACGAUAUGAGAAUCAGUCUCGCUGCCGAAAAAGUCCUCGACAAUCGGGUACCUCCCACCCCGCCACCCGGAUGGACCAGCAAACGAAUCAAACGACGUCGCUCCUACACUCGACGAGGAGGUGCCUUUGCUUGGCAGAUUGAUGUUACCGAAGUCACAACGUCCUACAAUUCCAACAGGCAUCCAGAAAUCAGCUAUGAAAUCGAAAUGGAACUAGUGGCACCUGAUAUGCUCAAGCUUGUCAAUGAACCAGAUGAAGCAAGAGCCCAAAAGAGGGCUUCCUCAUAUGCUCAACAAGCAUGGUGGAUCUUGCAGAACAUCAACCCACUCGCGGACGUCAUUGAUGCAGAAGAAACUCUGCAAGAUCACCCCAAUAGACGCGCCGUACAGGUAGCUCUGGCGCAGGUUGGGUACCUGAGAAAGUACAUGCACGACGGGGGAAACCCAGCAAAAUACAACAGUCCAAUCGGAAAGGACCACGAACCGCCACGGCACUUUCAAAAGUUCACAGGUUGCAUGCCCGUCAACUUCUCUAGACACAACAUUGAGGAAGUGCAGCGGAGUCCAAGCAAUGGAUACUUUUUGAGCGAAAAGACUGACGGAGUACGGCACUUUAUGGUAUUUACGGGUGACACGGUUGUGCUUGUUGAUAGAGCAAUGAAAGGAAAACAACCCAUUCCUGUUGGAGACGGAAGGGGAGACCCCAUGGGUCACCUGGUUCCACUUAUCAAGCCGGGAACAAUCUUUGACGGAGAAGUCGUGAUGCACAGGGGAUAUGAGACUGGAAACGGAAAAAGCAAGCCCCGAGCUGUCUUUAUUGUGUUCGACGUGCUUGCCAAUUCCACAACGGAACCAGUCCUGCAACUCCCGUUCGAACAACGAUUCCACCAUUUGAAAAACGCAAGCUUUCGAACCCCAAACUGCCCGACAAACAUGUUUGAUGAUAAGUUUGUGUUCAAUCCAGCCAUCGCGCUUCCGCUUGUGCGAAAGAACUUUGUCAAGCGGACUGCGUUGGAUGACUUGUUGCAACACGUAAAGGAAGAAAAGGGGGUUAGGACAUACCGCAAUGGGAAACUCCACAACCACAUGACUGAUGGAAUCAUUUUCCAGCCCAAUCUCCCCUACGUUUGCGGCACAGAUAUGAAUCUGCUGAAAUGGAAGUACCUUGAUACAGUGACAAUCGAUGUAGAGAUCAUGCCGCCAAGACACAACGACGCCGAUGAUGUACUGCGAGUUGCUUGUUUGGGAGACGAGGGGUCUAUGGUGGAUAUGACACGUCACGUCAAGUUGCCACAUAGUGAGCUUCGUCGUUUGGAGGCCGACCGUCACGAAUCAGGUGGUCGAAUUGCAGAGAUUGGCUUCCAUCCCGAGACCGGAGAAUGGUACUACCUUACCAUGCGCCCCGACAAGAUUGCCCCGAACCAUAUCAGUACGGUUUUGGGCACGGUACUGGAGUUGGCGGAAAGCUUGGGCACGGACGAAUUGCGUUUCAGGAUGAGUGUACCAUCUGGGCAACGCGACACUUACCGCAAAGAUAUUCGCAAAAUGACGAAGCAGCUGUUGGAUUUCCAGAGAAAGGCAGCAAAGGGCGGACGAUAA